CUAUUCAUCCCUCAACGGUUCUUUGUGCUAUUAAUACUUCAAUGGGAGCUUUCUCUGAAGCUGUCCGUAGGCCUUCACAGGCCCCUGGAACUCUGCUGCUCAGUGAUCGAAUGUCCAGUUGGUUCCCUCCUACCGUGCCCUAUGCAUAAGUCAAUGUCGAUGCUAGUUGGUCAGCUCGGACAUGCUCUGGUUUUGUGAGGAUUGUCAUUCGGGAUGCUGAGGGUUCUUUUGUGGCUGCACGAAGGCAUGCUAUUCGCACUCCAUCGGUGGGCGCUGCUGAAGCUGUUGCAAUCUUCAAAGUAUGCGAAUUUGGUCUAGCAUUGGGACUUACACAGGUUGUUGUCGAAUCGGAUUCUCAUGACUCUAUUAGUGCUCUGUCAAACUCGAUUGAGAAUGGCAGCUGGGAGGCUUACCCUUCUUUAAUGCAUGCUAAACGGUUAGGGGAGUCUUUUCAAGACUGUCGCUGGUCUUGGAUUCUAAGAUCAGCCAACAUGGCGGCGGAUUUGUUGGCGUUACAGCGGUCCACGGAGAUGUGCAAUGUUUCUUGGGUCAAUAGACCCCAUCUUCGUUAGUUUUUGUGCUUCAACAUGAUGGUUUACCCUGUCCUCCGUGAAGGACUAGGGGUAGCGAAGGGGGCGACAGAAUAGCGUGGCUAUGAUGUCUUCCUUGUAACUCCCUCUGCCGUCCGGUUUCUCUUUUGCUAUGCUGUUUGCUUGCCUCGCGGUAGGCUCUCUUUGUAUGUUUGGCUUCUUAGCCUGGGUUAUGUUAUUCCCAUUUUCCUCAAAAAAAAAAAAAUAUAUAUAUAUAUAUUAAUAGAGUGAGGGAAUAACUGAAAAAACUGCCAUUCAAAAUUGCAACGAAGCAUCUAAUUAAGAGAGUGAGGAGGAGUGAUGAGAGAGCAAGUAUGGAGAUGGAGCUCAUUGGAAAGAAAAUGCCUAGACCUUCUCCAGCAAGCAAACACAACUUCUUCUCUUCUCCAAAUCCAUGCUUUUAUGCUCCGAAAUUCCCUCGAUACCAAUGGCAAUCUCCUCACCAAGUUCAUCACAACCUGCUCUCAUCAAAACCCAAUUGCUCUCAUUCGACACGCCCGCCGAGUCUUCGAUCAGAGACCCAAUAAAGAUGACACAUUUCUGUGCAAUUCUAUGAUCAGAGCUCACAUGGAAAACCGGCAAUUCGGUGAAUCUUUCACACUAUAUAGAAAUCUUAGGCAGGAAUCGGAGUUCGAGCCGGAUUGCUAUACGUUCACAGCUCUGGCGAAGGCGUGUGGUUUAGAUAUGGCCAUCUGGGAAGGACAAGAACUUCAUUGUCAAGUUGUUAAGAUUGGGUUGAGCUCAGAUUUGUAUGUGUCAACGUCGUUGGUUGAUAUGUAUGCAAAGUUUGGGAGGAUGAUUUGGGCAGGGAAGGUGUUUGAUAAAAUGACGCACAAGAGUCAAGUGUCGUGGACAGCUCUUAUUUGUGGGUAUGCAAGGUCUGGAGACAUGAGUAAUGCAAGGAGGCUUUUUGAUCGAAUGCCUGACAAGGACUCAGCUGCAUUUAACGCGAUGAUUGAUGGUUAUGUCAAACUGGGAGAUAUGGGCUUGGCUUGCAUUUUGUUUGAUGAGAUGACGGAUAGGAAUGUGGUGUCUUGGACCAGCAUGAUUUCUGGUUACUGCCAUCACGGUGACCUACAUUCUGCUAGAUCACUUUUUGAUGCCAUGCCCAAGAAGAAUCUUAUUUCUUGGAAUGCGAUGAUCGGAGGUUAUAGUCAAAAUAACCAACCCCAUGAAGCCUUGAAGUUAUUUCAGGAAAUGCAGUCAACUACAUCGCUAGAAUUGGAUGGUGUGACUGUUGUGAGCAUUCUUCCAGCUAUUGCAGAUUUGGGCGCCUUGGCUUUGGGUCGUUGGGUUGACAAGGUCGUACGGAGGAAGAAGCUUGAUAGGAUAACUAAUGUUGGCACUGCGCUUGUUGAUAUGUACGCAAAAUGUGGUGAAAUUAAAAAAGCCAAGAGACUUUUUGAUGAGAUGCCUGAAAAGGAAACGGCUUCCUGGAAUGCCCUGAUAAAUGGAUUUGCAGUCAAUGGUCAUGGCGAGGAGGCACUGGAGAUAUUUUUGGAGAUGCAGAAAGAGAACUUUAUGCCAAAUAAUAUUACCUUUAUUGGGGUUUUGUCCGCUUGUAACCACUGUGGUCUGGUAGACGAAGGGAAAAGGUGGUUUAAAGCAAUGGAGAGCUUCGGGCUCAUCCCACAGAUUGAGCAUUAUGGUUGCAUGGUAGAUGUCUUGGGAAGGGCAGGAUGCUUGGAAGAAGUUGAGAAAUUGAUUGAAGUCAUGCCUUAUGAUCCUAAUGGAAUAAUUUUGAGUUCUUUUCUUUUUGCAUGUGGCCAUUAUGGGGAUGUCACAAGAGCCAACGAAGUGUUAAAGAAGGUGGCCAAGCUGGAGCCAGGGAAUGAUGGAAACUACGUAAUGCUUAGAAAUUUGUAUGCCAGAAAGAGAAGGUGGAGUGAUUCGGAGGAAAUUAAGAGGUUGAUGAGGAAGAAUCAAGCAAAUAAGGAGAUUGGUUGUAGUGUCAUAGAGGUUAAUGGUAGAAUCGAGGAGUUUGUGGCUGGGGACAGGGUGCAUACCCAUUCAGAAGCUAUACAUUUAACCUUGCUGCAGGGUUGGAAGCAUAUGAUGGGGGAAGGGAGGCUUAAGAUUGUUAUCAAUCAUUCGGCGCAGAAAACUGCGGAACAGGCCAAGUACAAGUUUCUGCAGACUUAAAAGACUCAGAUCAUUCCUUUCUUACUGUACAGAUACUAUGGCACAGAGUAGUCUAUCAUGUAUACAGGGAGGUUAAGUGUUUAUCAAGUUCUACAGUAAAGCAUACAAUGGAGAGCAAAGACUUCUCCCUUUUAGCAGCGACUUCCAUAACUUUUUUUGUAAACUUGUUCAGCAAACAGCUCGCUUAUUAAGCAAGAAAGAAGGAAUAUUUUGGCAACUGCAAGACACCUCUGCAGAGGGUACAACUUCAGAUGCCUGUCCUAAGGUACCAAUUGUCCAAACUUCCAAGCUAAGAAGCAGAUUUCAAAUGAGGAUGGAAAUUGGAAAGCCUAAGAUCAGAUACCUUGCUUGCACCUACUAAACGGGACAUUCACUAAACCCUCAAACCGCUCUGUCUCCUCUCUCUCUCCCUCUCUCAAUACAUAUAUACAUACACACAUUGUUUUGGACCUGCUGGUACCGGGAUUCUAAAGAAUGGGACAGUCUAUGAGUUUCAUGGGAUUGGGAGGAGGGCUGCAAUCCAGCCAGAUGCUAAACUUUUUAAUCGGAAAGGUGUACCAGCAGUUCGUCGACAAGGAUAUCCGAAAUUUUGAGGAUUUCCAGUUCGCCAUUCUCGAUAUUUUCAACACUUUCAAUUCUUCUCUGCCCGGUAAACACUACAAUGUGCCGUCGCGUGAGGAAAUCGAGGCUAUGUUCAUAAGUUGGAAAAAUGCCAGAGUGCAAGACAGGAGGAACAUCUUCAACCAAUUUAUGAAGGAGAAUGUAAGGCUAAGCAAGGUCGAUAAUGCUACCCUGAUAACAGGAGUUGUAACGCCGCCGGUAGCCAUGGCUGCUAAAAGGGCAGGGGAGAGUGUGCCCCAGCUCAAAAUGAUCAAGGCCAUUCCUGACGUCUUUUUCGUGCCAUCAGCAACAGUGUUGGCUCUCAUUUCUGUUAAGAUUUACAAAAGAAUUUUCACGGGAAAAAAUGCAUCUUCGACACAGUCCGAACCUGAUAUCCAGACGAAGACCGAAACCAUUGGCGAAGCUAGAGCACCGCAAGGAGGUGCUGCUGCGUCUUCGGUCAUCGGAAUUCACCAUGAGGAGCCAGCUCGAGCUCCCUCAUUUUAGGCGUUUCACCUAUGCAGUUUCUCUUUACCUCUGGAUAAUGUAUAUGUAUGGUUUUAACUACUCAUGCCAUUUUAUUUCCUUUUACCAUUUACAGUCUCUGAAUUACUGAAGUAUGAAUAUGUUUAGAGUAUCUGAAUUACUCUAGUAUCUUCCUGCUGCUGAAUUGUUAUUUCGUGGUUUAUAACAAAUAUAUGACAAGUGUAUGUAUCUAUUGAAGUAAUUAAAAUGAGUGGUUGGAUA